CGAGCGGCGUCCGUGCUCCACCGCUCUGUCGCCAGCCAGCACCGUGGAAGAUUACAUGCGAGACGCCCGUUCGCCGCCACUGCGCUUGCGACCGCCGGUGGGACCAAGUGUCCUCGAGCCUCACGCCUGAGGGCGAGAUGAACGCGCUGGCUUCCCGAGCCGUCCGGACCUACGAUCGCUUCUGGCAGCCCGAGCCGGCGCUGCUGCCUCCGGGGUGACGAGCAGGCCCCAGACGCCCAGACAGAUGGCGCCCGGCCAGGUGCCGCAUCAUGGCGCCCCCUGGGGGGACGCCCACCCCUUCUUCCUCCUGUCCCCGCUGAUGGGCUUCCUCAGCCGGGCCUGGAGCCUCCUGAGAGGCCCAGGACCUCCGCAGCGCUGGCUGCUGGAACAUCAGGUCGAGGCUGGCCUGGAGGCGCCCGUGGCCGCCCGGGGAGCCCCCUGGGGGGCUGGAGGCAGCGGCAGGACGCCCUGCCUCAGGCGGAAAGGCUGCCUGCCUGAGGCCCCGGGACUUGCAGAUGACGAUGACGAAGAGGCAGCCAGUGUCGAACAGGGAGGGCAGCUUGCAGCCGGCCAGCCUGCUGCCCUGUGCCCCAGCCUGUGGGGGGGAAGCCUGCGCGGGUCUGAUAAGAACCCUGGGGCGGAGGAAGCGGAGAGAGGGGGCGUGGCCCCGGUCUCUUAUCCCUGGUCAGGGGGGGAGCCCCGCACAGAGGAUGGAGACGCCCCCAGCGCCGCCAGUUCCCCGACUCCAGGACCCGAGCCCAGCAGAGGGGCGCGCUGCCCAGGGGACGGCGGGGCCCGAGCCACGGAGGAGGAAAGAGCAGGAAGCCAGGAAGGCAGGAGGGCCUCCGAUCCGGCCUCGGAUUCCAGCGCCGAGCCCAGGCCCCGGGAGCCUUGUUCAGGAGAGGAAAGCAGGGAGACAGGGGAAGGGGUGCACGGAGCAGCCGGGAGAGGAGACGCCGGCCCCGGGCCACGCUGCCUGGCGCCCCUUCGGAGGCCCCUGCUCAGUCAGUCCGGCAAGGACCCAGAGGAAGAAGACAGUGAGGAGGAGGAGGGCCCUGCUGACAGGGCAGCUGAGGAGGAGGGAGGAGCUGAGGCUUCCUCUCCCACCCGUGCAACAAGUGCCUUGGUGAGGGCCUGGGUGUGUCGGCCAGGAGAGGACACGGAAGAUGACAGCGACGAGGGAUCAGCUGAGGAGGAUGGAGAAGCUGAGGAGUGGGGAGAAGCUGAGGUUUCCUCUCCCACCCGUGCAACAAGUGCCUUGGUGAGGGCCUGGGUGUGUCGGCCAGGAGAGGACACGGAAGAUGACAGCGACGAGGGAUCAGCUGAGGAGGAUGGAGAAGCUGAGGAGUGGGGAGAAGCUGAGGUUUCCUCUCCCACCCGUGCAACAAGUGCCUUGGUGAGGGCCUGGGUGUGUCGGCCAGGAGAGGACACGGACGAUGACAGCGACGAGGGAUCAGCUGAGGAGGAUGGAGAAGCUGAGGAGUGGGGAGAAGCUGAGGUUUCCUCUCCCACCUGUGCAACAAGUGCCUUCGUGAGGGCCUGGGUGUGUCGGCCAGGAGAGGACACGGAAGAUGACAGCGACGAGGGAUCAGCUGAGGAGGAGGGAGGAGCUGAGGAGUGGGGAGAAGCUGAGGUUUCCUCUCCCACCCAUGCAACAAGUGCCUUCAUGAGGGCCUGGGUGUAUCGGCCAGGAGAGGACACAGACGAUGACAGCGACGAGGGAUCAGCUGAGGAGGAUGGAGAAGCUGAGCCCCCUGCCUUCCGAGUGGCCGUCUACCUACCUGGAGAGAAGCCACCCCCUCCGUGGGCUCCUCCUAAGCUGCCCGUCCGGCUGCGAAGGCGGCUCAAGGUCUCAGAGGCCCCGGCCCGCGGUCCGGACCCUGAGACUCCCCUGGCCAGAAAGGUGCGCUUCUCUGACAAGGUCACCGUCCAUCUCCUGGCUGUGUGGGCGGGGCCGGCCCAGGCUGCCCGCAAGGGCCCUUGGGAGCAGUUCGCCAGGGAUCGGAGCCGCUUUGCCCGCCGCAUCGCCCGGGCCCAGGAGGAGCUGGGCCCCUGCCUCAGCCCUGCAGCCCGGGCCAGAGCCUGGGCGCGCCUCAGGAACCCACCCUCCUCCCUGGGCCCCAUCCUCGCCCCCGCCCACACGUUGCCUUCCUCCCCCGCCUCUCCCAAGUCCCCAGUCCAAGCCAUGGCCCUGUGCCAAGCCGUGGCCACACCCUCUCCCUCCCCGCCUACUGAAACCCCAUCUCCCUGCCUGGGCCUCAGUGGGAGGCGUGGCUAAGACCAAGUUUGUUUGUGUGUUAUUUAUUCAUCAUUUUCUUAAGUAUUUAUUUAUGCAAAAAUAAAGCCUUUGGAUUUGUAGCAAGCAA